GGCCUUGUCCCAAGAAUAACCACCGCUCGAACAUAAUCCUAUUUUUAAAGCCUUCUCGUCCCUUAUCCAUUACGAGUUCUCUCAUCUGACUCUCUCUGUCUGUCCGUCUGUGUCUCUCAGACCGUCACCAAUUUCAGAGAAGGCAUCAUUCAAUUAUCAUAUUGGUGAUCGGUGAUCCUUCUUGAAAAUUGCAGGUCUGGGCACCACUUAUUUUAACUUCGCAGGAAUUCAGGAUCCAUAGCACUGUUUAAGGUCAUUUUAGAGUACGCUAUUCAAAAGCAUUGGAGGCGUUUUUGUAAGACCAAACCAGAAAAUCUUCAAAUGAAAAGACAAGCAUUGUCAUAACCUCUUCCUGUUUCGCUGAUCGGAGUGGGAAGAGAUUGGCUGUGUAAUUAGAGAGAGAGAGGAGGCGGAGAGAGAGAAUGGAGUCAAGAGGGAAAGGAGGAAGAGGAGAGGCGUGCGAGGAGGAGGAAUCUCCGAGAGGCGUGCUGGAGAUGAUGGGGGAGGCAGAUCGGGGGAGCAGCGGAUGCAGCACGUGCUCGGGGGAGAAGGCAACGGGGACGGGGACGGGGGCGGGGGCGGGGGCGGAGAGGCCGCCGUCGGGGAGGGAGGGGCAGAUGCCGCAGUGGAAGGGAGUGAUGGACGCGUUGAGGAUAAACUCAGUGAAGAGGCUGUCGGCGAUACCGUUGUUCGCGUCGACGUACAUGAUAUCUCGCAAGAGCCUCAGGAAGUUGGCGCGCAUCAGAAGCGCAGAAGACGCCAUAGAUCUUGUUUCUUUGGCCACCAAAUCCUCCUGGAAAACCUUCCAUUACUCCGACCUUGCCGCUGCCACCGACGAUUUCAGUCCUGAGAACUUGAUCGGGAAAGGCGGGCAUGCGGAGGUGUACAAAGGACGCUUACCAGACGGGCAAAUUGUGGCAGUAAAGAAGCUUGUGAACGAGGAAAAAGAUGACGCAGAUAACACUGGUGAUUUCUUGACGGAGCUUGGAAUCAUCGCCCACAUCAGCCAUCCUAAUGCUUGCCAAUUGAUUGGCUUCGGCAUCGACAAGGGCCUCUUCUUUGUCCUUCACUAUGCCGCUCAUGGCAGCCUUUCCUCACUUCUCUUCGGUUCCAAAAAGCUGGAGUGGAAUGUUAGGUUCAAGGUAGCCAUUGGAAUUGCAGAGGGACUGCAGUAUCUCCAUCAUGAAUGCCCAAGACGAAUCAUUCACAGAGACAUCAAGGCUUCCAACAUUUUGCUUAAUGAAAACUACGAACCUGAGAUUUCAGAUUUUGGAUUGGCAAAGUGGCUCCCGGAGAAGUGGGACCACCAUGUCGUGUUCCCCAUAGAAGGCACAUUUGGGUAUCUAGCUCCAGAAUAUUUCAUGCAUGGACUCGUGGAUGAAAAGACCGAUGUGUUCGCUUAUGGGGUUUUGUUACUGGAGAUCAUCACAGGUCGUAUGGCUGUUGAUUCUGACAGUAGGCAAAGUCUUGUGAUUUGGGCAAGGACUCUACUGGAUGCGAAAAACAUGAAGGAAUUAGCAGACCCUAGAUUAGAAGAUGAUUACGAUCCUAUAGAAAUGGAGCGUGCCAUGGUUACUGCUUCCAUGUGCGUACACCACUCAGCCGCCAAGCGUCCCCUCAUGAAUCGGGUAGUGCAGAUGCUGAAGGGGGAGGAAGGACCCAUUGAAGUAAAGCCACAAAAAUCCUUGGCCCCAAGAUCCCUCAUGUUGGAUGCCUGUGAUCUUGAAGAUUAUACUUGCUCCAAUUACUUGAAUGAUCUCAAUCGUCACAGGCAACUAAUCAUGGAGUGAUAUAUCCAUUGACGCUUCUUGUUUUUGAGCUCAUAAUUUACUGCCCCACGGAGGCUUAAGCUGUACAAUUUCCCUUUCUGGUCAGUGCAAAGUCACACAAGCUUGUAUCUUUCUCAAAACUCGCAAAGUUGAGCAGUUGCCAAGUCUGGCAAAACUGAAGUCUGUAGACGCAGCAACAAACUAGGGUGACGCUUCAGCUCGAAUAGUUGUUCCACAGGUAGAGUCUUCAGAUUUGCGAUAUCACAGUUGUUCAACUUUUGAAAAGCAUCAGAUCGAAGGACCGGUCCCCCACCUCCUGUAAUAUUGUUAUAGUUUGCUUCAUGUAUUAGGCUCAGGCCUCUCCUUUUACCCACCAAGAUGAAGCAGUAUAGCGGACUGCAUUGAGGCCCUCUCAGGCCGAAAUGCAUUGUAUAAAUCUUUACAUAAACAAGCAUUUCUUCCUUUUUUCAAUUUUUCUUUUUAA